AGUACACAGAAGGCAUACUUAGCUGCUCUGUCAUUUCCUCAGCUACUUAAGUUUUGAAAAAGAGUGGAGAAACAAUCAGAGAUGUUCUUCAAUUCUGAACAUGUUCAGGAUUUUGGUGAACACAAUGGGAAUAAAAAAGACAUUGGCUCCACACCUAUACUGCAGCCCUACCCCACACAUCUGAAACCAUUUACACCUGAAUUGUUUGAAAAUUGCGAUGAGGAUGAAUACUGGUUUUUCUGCCCUUGUCCUGGUCAGUUUAUGUGCGAAUUGACCAACAUUGUGUUUGAGAUGGAAAGUGAAGGGGAAGUGAAGUACAGAAUAAUCUCCUGGGACAAUAAGCUCUUAAACAAUUUACCCCAAAAGGAACCUGCAGGACCUCUGUAUAAUAUUGGUCCUGAAGGUUCAGUCCGUCGUCUGCACUUCCCACAUUGUGAGAUUGGUAAAGGCAAGGAGAAACUGACUGUAGCACAUGUGGCUGAUGGUAAAGUGGAGAUCAUUCAGCCACAAACAGUGACAGACACACAUGUGAUCAUAAACAUUCAGAGUCUCUCCCCAUUUGGUUUAAUUUUCCCACGCAGUGAAACUUCCAUCAGAGCCCAAGUUCUACUGUUCUACAAAAAAAAGACAGAACACUGCAAGAGUAAACUGAACAUCCACCUGCUGCCAGCAAAUGUGCCAGUAAAAGAGGUACAGAAACAACACAAGAGCUACACGUACAUUGACACAACCUCCACUUGUGAUCUGACCCCUAGACGAAAGUACAGACUACGCUAUACAAAUACUGUCAAUACUGACAAUACUGUACUCCAACCAAAGGUAGUGAAAUUUCAACGGGACUGUGGCCCCAACUAUCACCCCACAUUUGAGAUUUUGAACAUUGAGGCUGCUGAAGUCACAUUGAUUCUUUCUGAAAAAAAAGGCAAGGAAGUGUGGACACGAUUUGUAGACUUGAUUACAGGUACAGAAACAAGCUCAACCAACCUGGAUACAGCAGGUGCUGACUUUGUGGAUGAACACAGAGAAACACUCAUUCAGAGAUUUCUGUCAGUGAUGGAGUUUGCAGACUGUCUGAUAGGCAAGAACAUGAUUUCUACGGAGAUGUACGAAAACAUUAAGGCAAAGUCAACACCUCAGGAUAAAAUGAGAGAACUGUACACAUGGCUCGACUCAGUGGGAAGAGCGGCAAAGCAAGAAUUUUAUAACAUCCUUAAAAUGAACCACAGCUGGUUAAUUGAUGAAUUGAAGUCAGGUCAGGCUUAGUGAACACUUAAUGGAGUAAAUCACACACUCUUAGGAAAUCUCACUCACACAUUCACUAGUUUGUAGAAAUCUAUAAUUAUUUUAUUAUUACUUAAAUUGUUCAUUUGUGCAUCUAUGGAUCUGAUAUAUAAAGAUAAGUCUUCUAAUCUUAAUUUCAGAUCAUUUACACAUCUUGGUGAGACAAAAAAAGCCUUACGUUUGUGAUUAUUGUAAUUAUUAUCAUGUGAUUAUUCAGUAUUUUGCUUUCUGGAGGUUUUUGUUCAUAUCUAUUGAUUGUAGACUAUAAUUAACAUUAUAAUAGUUUUUAUCUGACUUUGUAGAGCAGGGGUGUCAAACACAUUUUCAGUUUAAAAAAAAUUCUAUUUAGUGAUCAAUAAAACAUCACCAUCUCCCCUUAAAUGGCUUCACUGAUAUUUAUUUGAUCACCUACACAGAUGAACUGGCCCUGAGAGACACGGUUAAUGUCAUAUUUUAUGUUUAUGACUCCAUUUAGCCCCCUAGUAGAGUAACAGAGUCUAACGCUUCCUGAAAUCUAUUAUUUACAAAAAGAUUUUAACUAAAAUUCGCUUUAAAACAUUUAUCAGAGCA